AUGCUGCUCAGUUUCCAUUGCUUUUUAUUAUUUAUUCCUACGUGAGCACAACCAGCAGACUUCUUCCAUACAUACUGAUAUCUUCUCAGAUAUAGGACUUAAUAAAGCUCUUUUUUUCCUUCAGACCACCACUACUGUUAGUCAUAUGCAUGACAGCUCUGCAAUACUGAGGAGAUCUACAUUUCCUGCAGGUAAUCAGUCUGCACCUUCCAGCACAAUGUAAUUUCAGAGACAUUACAAACAAAUGAGAAGGAGAGAGUCAUCAAGUCACUUGUUUACAAGGAUCCUUUAGCAUCUCCCAUAGCCACUGAAAAGGUGCCCCAUGCAAGAACACAUUUUGCUACUCUCAGUGGUUUAUUCACUAUUGAAUACUACCUUUCAUCCCUGAAAAAAAGGAAUUACGUUACCAGCUAAAUCUCUGCUUUGUGCUCCAAGAUAUCUUUUUAGACUCACGGUUGACAAUCAACAAAUGAAUAUUUGCUACAGUAAAUUUGUUACUUCUACUACAAGCAAGGAAGAGAUAUUCAAAUAGUUUAUUGGAAAAUUCUAGCGGAAAAAAAAGACAGUAACACAGAUAAAGGAAAAGAAAAGAAAAUAAUGUAACCUCAAUUACAAAAGAGAAAAUAGCAAUACAGUUACAGAAUUCACAAGUGGUCACAUUCAUCAUAAUCAUCUUGCAGUAUUCUGGACUCCCAGAUAUACUGCUUAACUGUUGAGACAGUUUUAUGCUUGUAAAACAAACUACUUCAGCAUAGUUUAUAUGAGAAAAACAAAAACAUUACAAGGAUUUGUCUGGAAAUACAGAAGAAAAUCAGCCCAACAAUGGAUCUUGUUACAAAUCAUUCUAAGGACAUUGUUGUUGACUUAGACCGGAGUUUCCAAAUCCUUUUUAAGUGACCUAUUGAAAUGGGUCGCAAAGAAACCAGUUGUCUACCAAACGUACCCUGCGACUCAAUGGAACAACAAACCAUGAAGGUGCGUCCUGUGCUGCUCAAGCGAAAAAACUUAGACACUUCUGAUCUGGCAAAACCGCCCAACCAACGGAGGAACAAAUCCCAGCAAGUCCGUUUUAAGGAGGACAGUGCAAACACACAUGCACCACAUUCUGCAGAUUUGGAUAUAAAGCCUUGUGUUAGCACCCUGCUAGUUAAUGGAAAGGCUGAAAAGCCACACAGCAGAGGAAUGUGUUUUCUGGCUUGCCCCCAUUCCCAAAAAGGUCUUCAAAACAUAGCGAUUCAGACUUCCCCCAGUCUCAGGAAACACUUUCCAAUCUUUAAGGCAAAGAAAGGAUCAGUGAUGAAGUCUAAAGACUUAAUGUCCUCAGAGUCUAGCUGUGACCAGAUUAAUGGGGACCUUUCAGUUGAAGCCAUGGCUCCAGAAUUAUGUCACCUUAGACUACCUGAUCAAUUUGAAGAGGGAUUAAAAUGGGCAAGAAGACGCUGUCCUGUAAGACAUACUGUAUUUAAAACACAAAGCAAUGGACCUAAAAGUGAAUGGUCAGGACAGGAAUUUGUUGAGAUGCUUGGAAGGGUCACCGUCUCCACCCAAGUAUCUGAUAAUACUAUUGAGAGCCCUUUGGAGGAGACUGAGGAGCCAAAUAUAAAUUUGCAAAAUGACCAACCUCCAGAGACUGCAAGUGAUCACAUGACUGACGUAUCUGUAGAGUGUUCAGAAAAACACAAUGUUAUCAUUCAGAAGCCUUCAGACAACUGCAGGGGUUUGACCAAUACAUGUAGUGACAAACAAGCAGAGAAUCCCUGCCCACUAAAGCAAUCCAAGGAGUUGUUACAGUCAAAGCCAAAUUUUGAUUGCAAAAAAAUGAUAACCCUAACACCAUCUUUUAACCAAAAUUUAUCAUACUGCUUUCACUCAGAACAUCAACAACCUGACAAAUUCCAAACACUUUCAGAAACUGCAUCUCAACUUAAUGACAGUCAGGUAUUAAAAUCGUUGCUGAAUAGUGACAGAUUACAAACAUCACAAGGUAACAGCAAUGGAUCGCAAAGGAGCCCAACACAGAGCAAGAGUUGCACAGAGGGUACCCCUCCCCUACAAAAACGUGGAAUGCAACAUGGCACCAGUAAUGAGAGCAAAUCAAAAAAUCCAGGACAUAAGACACAUGGUGACUUUUGUUCCCUACAAGGUAAACUACAAUCCAUAGAAGAAUCCUUACAGUCAAACCAAGAGAAGAUUAAGAUCCUUUUGAAUGUAAUCCAAGACUUGGAAAAGGCCAGAGCAUUCAGUGAAGGGCGCAACUUCUAUCGAACUGGACAAGACCUAAACAACUGUAGCACUUGCCAGAGCACAGCAUGUAUUAUUUACAGUGUAGAAUAUGACUUCAGACAGCAGGAAGGAAGAUUCCUCCACAUUCUGAAAAAACUUGAUAAGGUGGAGUCAAGUCCUGUUCUAGCUCCUCUGCCGAAACCUGAACCAGAAAGCACGACAGCUGAGAAACAAGGCUUCCGAAGGAAAACAAAGAAAGUGAAGAAGAAAUGCUUCUGGUGGAUUUGAUCAUUAAGGAAGGUCUUAGGCUUCUAUGACCAUAUCUGAGUGCUGUUAAAGUUGAUGGUGCCUCAUGUUACUGUAUCUUGCAAGAAAAAAUAGUCACUAUUUAAUUUUCAUAUUUAACUAUUUAAAGGGAAAGUAUAAAGUAAGUUCUAACUCAAACCUUUUUUACAAGCUCUAUAUACUUUUAUAUAAAAAUGUACAUGUGAUGAAAAUAUUUACAGAUAUUUAUAAUAUUAAUUUUUAUUUUAUUUUUUGGGAUUACUGUCCCAUUGGAAAUGUGUCAAUUCCUACAUUUAAAGAAAUAUAUAGUUUAUUGUUAUACAGUUUAAAAAAAAAGUAAAUCUAUUACACAGAUACUGUACACGUUUUCAUAUUAUUCGUAAAUAACACUGUCAGAGGAUAACAUGUUAUUCUCUGCUGAAUGAUAUCUAAUAAUAAGUCACAUUUGUGUUAAUUACUACCCACUAAGUGCUCGUUUACACAGGUGGCAUCCCCCCAUUGUGGUGCAUUCUUGGGCAUCUUGAACAACCGGACAUGCCCCAUGCACAAGAUUUAUUAAUCCUGGAUGGAAUUUAUGAAUUUCAGAGAAUUGUGCAGAUUGUGAUAAAGUUUAUCUGUGAAUACUGGUGUUCAUAUUAACUGAAGGACUAUUGAUCCCUGUGCUUGAUGCAUUUUAGUUAAUUCAGAAACGUAUCAUCUUGCCAGCUAGCAGUCCCCAUGAUGUGCUAUGCUGCUUCUAACCCUAAUUCUGCAGCCACUUCUAGCGUUAAUUAACAAUGAAACCGAAAUACUAUGUGUAGUAUAUAGGCUCUAUCUCCUACUUGCUCAUGCACAAUGGGUCACAUAUAUGAAAACUAUUUUACGGGUAUCCUUCAGAAAGCAAAUAAAAAGGUGAUACUGAAGAUAUCUGCUGCAGUCACCUCUGGGCUACAGUUUUCCAGGAUAGGAUCAGAAAGAUCCCUCUCCGUUAACCAUUGAUGGCACCUGCGUCGUCUACAGGAAUUGACCAUGGAAGUACAGUGAUAGUGGUUGGAGUUCAUGUACAGUACAAGACAUUUUUAAUGCAAUCUUGCAAUAAGAAAUAAUAGUGUUCAGGGGUAAAAUAUGCAGCAACUAUAUAACAAAUCUGUAAGGUCAGUCCUGUCUCAAACUUCAUGGACAGUGGGAGUUGGGGUGCGUGCCCCAACAGGGUGGGUUUGCAGGGCAAGGAAUAUUAGGGGGUAUGGAGAGAGGGGAGUGCAGAGCAGUGUAUAGAAAAGGGACGGAAGGACUAUUCAUCGUACCCUCAUGCGUUUCAUCUGGAACCAUAGACCCGCCCGCAUCGCCGCUAAUACCCUGAAGCGACCGACCUCCGCUGGCGGUAGGGGGCUCCUUGAUAUUAAACUUUAUUACCUGGCCUCCCACCUGUCCCAUAUUGUCACCUCUUAUGCCCUGCCGGGAUCUACAGCCUGGCUAGAUAUUGAGGCAGCCCUUGUUGGUCUCUCCGAUAUGACCCCCUUGUGGGGUCUCCCACCUGCCUCCCGGCCCCCAACCUCCAAACUUCUCCCCACGGUCACAUUUAACCUCAAAAUGUGGGACUCUCUCUCGGAAGAUGGGCCUCUCCACUACCCCUUCGCCCUUGACCCCUAUCUGGCAGAAUCCAAUGUUCCCCCCCGGACUCUCGACUACGAGAUUUCGUCUAUAGACGACGUUGGGCUUUAAAUUCCCGAUUAAUUUUGCCGAUCGAGGCCAAUGGCUGUCCCUACCUGAUCUUCAACAGAGGACCCCUUCACACUCGCUUAACCCCUUCCAAUUUUUACAAAUCCGCCAUUUCCUAAGCUCUCUGCCCUCUCCCUCCCUGCUCCGUGCCCUCACCCCUUUUGAAAAUCUAUGCAUUUCUUCCCACCUCUCCAAGGGCCUGAACUCCCAACUUUAUUCCCUCUUACUAGACUUUUCUCUCCCUUCCUCCCGAUUCCACGAACUUGCUUGGGAGCGCGACCUGCCCCCCCCCGCCCCCCCCCCCUCUCCCCGAGGGUGUGGAGUGGGAGGACAUGAGACUCGGUAAAGCUAAAUCCUCUAUUGCUACGGCUUUUAAGGAGACGGCCUACAAACUCUACUAUCGCUGGUACUACACCCCUGACAGGCUCAACAAACUUUUUCCGUCCUCCUCUCCUCGCUGCUGGAGGAAUUGUGGAGCCAGAGGAACGAUGCUAUACAUAUGGUGGACUUGUCCAUCCAUCACCCCAUUCUGGAAUUUGGUCCACUCCCUCCUUAACUCGCUUCUGGAUUCCCCUGUCCAGAAGGAUCCAUGGAUCUUUCUGAUGUGCUACCCUCCCCCGACACUUUCCAAAUUAUCCCAAAAACUGGUUGCGCACAUUCUAGCAGCGGCUAAAUCGCUGAUAGCCCUCAAUUGGAAGAACCCCUCUGCGCCUUCCCUCCUGUCUCUCAAAGCCAAAAUAUGGCAUAUUGCACCCAUGGAGAAGAUCACGUACUAUAUCCAUGAUCGAGGCCAUAUCUUUGAGCUGGUCUGGGCCCCCUGGCUCUUCGCCGAACGCGGACCUCCGCCCUCCUCCUCCCCCCCUAGACCAUAUCGCAGUCCCAUGGGCACCGCUUGUCGCUCUGACUUACUUCUCUUCCUGCCUGUCCUACCUUCUCUCUAUUCCCUACCUCUUCUCCUUUUCUUCACUGUCACCUCUACCUGUCUCUCUUAGCCUUGUUUCUUCCCAUUCUCCUUCUAUUUCACUCCAGGACAGACACUGUGAAUAGGAUACUAUCCGGUUCCACUACCUAUGUCCCCCCCCCCUCCUCCCUUCCCCCCCCCCUCCCUGAACCCUAUAACUAUUUCCCAUCGUUCAUUUUUCUGUUUGUUUUAGAUGUUAUCUGAAAAAUUGUGGUUUCUGAUGGAUAUUUGGUCAUACGACCAUCUGCCCUGCAUGCCUAUGUAAUGUCUGCCUACUCUGUUUAACCACACAUAAAUAAAGAAUAAAAAAAUAAAAAAAGGGACGGAUAGAGUAGGGAACGGAGGUGAGGCAGACCUAGGUGACCUUUUUAGUAAUACAUCUUCCCCUACGAGAGACAGGUAAAUAACAGUGAUAAAGUUGUUUAUGGAACAAUAUGAGGUUUGGGAAUUUGGGUAAAGCAAUAAGAUAGGAAUAACACAAACUCUUAUUAUCCCAGCAUUUGGCAGCACCAGGAGUAGUGCCAGGGUUUCUCUAUCAUGAAGUGCAUCACACAGCAAUAUAGUCAGAAAUGCCACAGGGACCGAAUGCAGUCUCUCUGGAAAGAACCAGAGUGGAACAUCACUCACCUGUGUGAACAAGCCAUAUAUGACACUUACUGCUAAAUCACCAGACCACAUAAAUACCAAAUAUAUAUAUAUAUAUCAUUCAGCCCCAUCACUGUUUACGACGAGCACAACUGUAUUUAGAUUAGCUAACACUACACAUCAACGCAUAAUAAAGAUAUCUAAAAAUAGAGUUCUCACCUCUGGUCCUAAGGACCCGAGUUAGUAUGGUUUUUAGGAUCCCUUCUACACUAAAGUAACUUACUGUAUUUUACUGUAAUUCUCAAAUAAUGAUAUCCAAGAAAAGCUGCACUAUGAAUCAUAGCUGAGGAGUGGGAAGACUGAAAAAUGUUUGAAACACAUUGAACUUCAAACCUGUCCCUAAGCCUCCUCUCAUAGGUGGGUAAACCACAACUUCAGACAACUUGUUAUAACAAUGAAUGAAUAUCCAAAGUCUGAACACAAGGUGGGGAACCAGGAUUCUCCUGCAUACCUUUGUCCUGUUUAUCCAGUGCUUCAACACUGCAUCAUUGAAAACAUGUUACGUGAUAGAAACAGAUGAGAAAAGGGGUAGGGAUCUUUUUGACUGUAUAAAAAGAGUUUAUUCUUGUAUGCAUGAAAUUAAUUUGUCUCAGUUUUUUUUAACACAGAAAAAUGCACAAUAAAAUACAU